AUGGCUGGACUACCGGAUAACCCUGAUGACUGGUUUCGACUUGAGGAUCCUGAUGAGCCAUUUGGAGUUCCUUUGCAUCCACAUCCACUACACUUAGCGGGGGAUCCGUACUUUCCCCAUGACGGUCUUGAGGAGGAGGAUCCCGAAGAGGAUCCUGAGGAGGAUCCCGAAGAGGAUCCUGAGGAGGAUCCCGAUGAGGAGGAGCUCGAGAAUGAGGGCAUAUUUCAGGAUGCCCAAGAGACUGAUGAUGAUGGUCCUGCAGAGGAUGAGGGAGACCUCUCCGAAGAGGAACCUACUCCCCUUACCCCACCAGACUCACCACCGAGACCCUACCAGCCGUACCUUCUGCGCGGCAAGGGCCCUUGUAUGAUGAGGACCCCAGGAACUACUAUAUCUCCUAUUUACCACUUGGACCCAGCUGCUCAGGUUUCCCGACCCACUAGUGGUCUAUUAGGGAAACGUAAUCGACCCAGUGAGCCAUCUUGGCUCACAGACCUCCUUAGCAGGAGGGAUGCUACUGAUCUACCACCACGGUUUGAGGUUGGUGAAUCUUCACGAGCACCACUCAGGUUUAAUCCUGAGGAUGAUCCGAUACCUCGCUUGAUGACUCAGAUUGAUCAGACCGAGGAUAGGAUUAGAUCCUUGGAGCAGUUUGUGAGAGGUCCAGGCUCUACUUCCCUCGACCAUCGAGUUGAGACACUCGAGGAAGAGGAGAAGGAGAAUUCUGAUGCGAUCCAGAUAUUAUAUCAUCUCUCGGGUGCUGAUCACGAUGCAGUGAAUGCCUUGAGUGCUCAGGUUAGAGCACAGAACUACCGGAUUCAGAUCAUGGAGAGCGAGCUUGCUGCGCAGCGAAAUCAGUUGGUUAUCUCUGCGCAGGAACGACGCUACAUCUUGGACCAGUUCGAGGACUUUGUCCUCUAUGUGAUGACUCGAUUUGGGAGGUAG